AAUCCUGUUGCAACCCCUGCUGACGUCAGUGUAAAGCUGAAAAAGGAUGAUGCUGUCAGUAAUCCUGUCAAUCCAAGCAAGACCAGACAUAGCACAAGCAGUGAGUGCAGUGUCAAAGUUCAAUGCAAAUCCAAAUACUGCACAUCUGACUGCUGUGAAGAGGAUUCUUCGAUACCAAGGGACUGUUAACCUUGCUCCAGAGUCUGACUGUUCAGGGGACAAAGAUUUGACUGGUUCUUCUGAUGCUGACUGGGCUGGAGAUCAAGAUGACCGCCGUUCAACAACAGGCAACAUAUUUCUACUCAGUGGAGGAGCAGUGAGCUGGCUAAGCAAAAAACAAGCAACGGUUGCACUUUCAACAGCAGAAGCGGAGUAUGUUGCUCUCAGUCAAGCAGCUCAAGAAGGAACCUGGCUGAGAAGAUUACUGAACGAUCUGGGUUUGGUCACCAAGCCUCCAGUGAUUCUGGAGGACAACCAAGGAGCCAUCGCAAUAGCAAAGAAUCCGGUGGACCAUUCAAGAACCAAACACACAGACAUUCGUUACCAUUACAUUCGUGAAUGUGUGCAGAAGGUGAAGUCAAGUCAGAAGAUUGUCCAACCGAUGAGAUGAAGGCAGAUAUCUUGACAGAAGUUUGAGUAUUUUAGAAGAAAAUUGGACUUUUUCCAAUGUAAAUCUGUGAUAGAAUGUCUUGCUUUGUAGUUUUCAUUAUAAAGUUGACAAUAUUUUUUUGAGCAUAGCAAGACAAAAAGUAAACUAUAAUAAAUUAGUCUUGCAAGUUGAGUUAAAAGUGAUUUCAGCACUAUCUUGUAUCUUAAUACCAUUGUAAAAAAUGAAGUGUUGAAAUAUGAA